AGCGGGGCACGCGGGACGGACGGACGGACGGACGCUGCCACAGGACUCAGGAUCACCGGCAUCUUCCCGCCUUCGGGCCGUCCCGGCCCCUCCCGGGCGGGCAGCGGGGCCAAUUCCCACAGUGGGCUUGGGUAGGAAGGAGCCGGCCGGGCUGCCCCGCCGAGAGGCGCAGCCCCCGCCCGCCCUAUCCCCUCGAGCUCCGCCCUGCUCUCGACUCUCCGGACUUGGACAUGGCUGGAGAGCCCGGGCCGGGCCCUGCGCACCCGGGCCUCAAGCGGCCUCAGGGCACUGCCAGCCCCUGUACGAGUGAUUAUGACCUGGACCAUAAGCUGUACAGGGAAGACGUCCCCUACAGUAGGGUGUAUGAAUGCCAAAGGAUCCCUCCACUCAUCAACCGCGUGCCUGUCAGGAUCCGGAGGACCCAGGUGGGCAUGGGGGUCAAAAGCAGCUUCCGUCUUCACACGGGCCCCAGGAAGAGCCACCUGCCCCGGGAGCAAAUAAAGCUCCCGACUGAGGAGCUGCACUCCAUCAGGGGGGAGCUGAGUCAGAUCAAAGCCCAAGUGGACCGUCUAUUGGAGAAUCUGGAGCACAUGGGCCAGCAGAGGGACCAGCUUCCAACUGGGGGCCCGGGACACACUCCCAGGUCAGAGGACAGUGAAGAAAACAGAGGUCCAGAACUCCAGCAGGAGCCCCAGGGCCAGAAGGCCCAUCCAGAAGCAGACAGCUCUGAGGACAGCACAGACCCAAAGGAGGCAGUGAAGAAUCCUGCAUCGGACCAGGAGGGCAGCCAGUAGAAUGGUGGAACCCCUCUGGGCUCCUUCCUGGAUGGCUCCCUUCCUUGCCUCGUGUGGGUUUUUGAAGGCCUCCUGGAGGUGCCUGUGCAGCCCGAAGCCACCCUUCUGGAAGGAGUGCAGUGAAGUGGGGGCCUGGCUCAGCCAAACUAGCCAUGAAGCUUCUCCGUAA